GCGGGGGCGAGGCGGGCGGCUCCCGGCCAUGUGUCGGCCGGGGGUGUGCGGGGUCCUGGGCCGGGCGUGCCUGCUGCUGCUGCCGCCCUGCGCCCUGGUGCUGGCGGCGGUGCCCGGCUCCGCGUCCCACCCGCAGCCCUGCCAGAUCCUGCGGCGCAUCGGGCACACGGUGCGAGUGGGGGCCACCCACCUGCAGCCCCGGGCCGCCCCCGCCGCCGCCGCCUGGCCCGGGGAGGCGUCGGGCGGGCGCGGGGCCGGCGGGCGGGGCGGUGGGGGGCAGCGGCGGCCGCCCCCCUCGCCGCGGGACGCGCUGCUGCUGGCCGUGGCCAACCUGAACGGCGUGCCCGGGCUGCUGCCCUACAACCUGUCCCUGGAGGUGGUGAUGGCGAUCGAGGCGGGGCUGGGCGACCUGCCCCUCUUCCCCUUCUCUUCAGCCAGCGCCUCCUGGAGCAACGACCCCGUCUCCUUCCUGCAGAGUCUCUGCCACACCGUGGUGGUGCAGGGGGUCUCAGCCAUCCUCGCCUUCCCGCAGAGCCGUGGGGAGAUGCUGGAGCUGGACUUCGUCUCGGCGGCGCUGCGCAUCCCGGUGGUCAGCAUCGUGCUGGGCGAGUUCCCCCGGCGGAGCCUGAACCCCCUCCACCUGCAGAUGAGCUUAGAAAACUCACUGAGUUCUGAUGCUGAUGUCACUUUCUCGAUCCUUGCGAUGAACAACUGGUACAAUUUCAGCCUGAUGCUGUGCCAGGAGGAGUGGAACAUCACAGAUUUUCUCUUCCUCACGCAACAGAGCUCCAAGUUCCACCUGGGGUCCAUUAUAAACAUCACAGCAAACCUCACGUCAACCAGUGACCUUCUGAACUACUUGCAGUUUUAUCUGGAGAGCAUCAAAGACACGACGUCGACCAUGGUGAUGUUUGGGUGUGACAUGGAGAAAACGCGGAGGAUUUUCGAGAUAACCACGCAGUUUGGUGUGAUGCCUCCAGAGCUGCACUGGAUUAUUGGGGAUUCACGGAACGUGGAAGAGCUGAGGACAGAAGGUUUGCCCCUUGGUCUCAUCGCUCACGGCAAGACAACUCAGUCAGUCUUUGAGCAUUACGUGCAGGAUGCCAUGGAGCUGGUUGCCAGGGCUGUGGCAGCAGCUACCAUGAUCCAGCCUGAACUGGCUCUCAUUCCAAGUACGAUGAACUGCAUGGACAUGGAGGAGAGGAAUAUCACUUCAGGCCAGUAUUUGUCAAAGUUUUUAGCCAACACAACUUUUGAUGGUCUCAGCGGCCACAUUAAAGUUAAGGGCUCAUCCAUUGUCAGCUCAGAAAAUAAUUUCUUCAUCUGGAAUCUGCAGCAUGACCCCAUUGGAAACCCAAUGUGGACACGCCUGGGGAGCUGGCAAGAAGGGAAGAUCAUCAUGGACUAUGGCAUAUGGCCAGAACAGGCACAGAGACAUAAAAGUCACAUGCAACACCCCACCCGACUGCACCUGAGGGUGGUGACUCUGAUUGAACAUCCCUUUGUCUUCACAAGGGAUGUAGAUGAUGAAGGUCUUUGCCCAGCAGGGCAGCUUUGCCUGGACCCAUUGACCAAUGAUUCAGGUGUGCUGGACAACCUGUUUGAAACCCUCCAAGGGGGCAAUGACACUGUCCCCAUUGAGCUGAAGAAGUGCUGCUAUGGCUACUGCAUUGACCUACUGGAGAAGCUGGCUGAGGAUAUGAAUUUUGAUUUUGACUUGUACAUUGUUGGGGAUGGAAAAUACGGUGCCUGGAAGAAUGGCCACUGGACAGGACUGGUGGGAGACCUUCUUGCUGGUACAGCUCACAUGGCAGUCACAUCAUUCAGCAUCAACACUGCCCGAAGCCAAGUGAUUGAUUUCACCAGCCCUUUCUUUUCAACCAGCUUGGGGAUUUUGGUGAGGACCAAAGACACUGCAGCUCCUAUUGGAGCCUUUAUGUGGCCACUUCACUGGACUAUGUGGCUGGGGAUAUUUGUUGCUCUUCACAUCACAGCUGUAUUCCUCACCUUGUAUGAGUGGAAAAGUCCUUUUGGAAUGACCCCUAGGGGAAGGAACAGGAACAAAGUGUUCUCUUUCUCCUCUGCCCUCAAUGUCUGCUACGCAAUCCUGUUUGGAAGAACAGCUGCCAUCAAACCCCCAAAGUGCUGGACUGGAAGGUUUUUAAUGAAUCUCUGGGCUAUUUUCUGCUUGUUUUGUCUGUCGACAUACACAGCCAACCUAGCUGCUGUCAUGGUGGGAGAGAAGAUCUAUGAAGAACUUUCUGGAAUACAUGACCCAAAGCUCCACCACCCGUCCCAAGGGUUCCGGUUCGGCACGGUGCGGGAGAGCAGCGCUGAGGACUACGUGAGGCAGAGCUUCCCGGAGAUGCACGAGUACAUGCGGCGCUACAACGUCCCUGCCACCACCGACGGGGUGGCCUUCCUGAAGCACGAUCCAGAGAAACUUGAUGCCUUCAUCAUGGAUAAAGCACUCUUAGAUUAUGAAGUGUCAAUAGAUGCUGACUGCAAGCUCCUAACUGUGGGAAAACCCUUUGCCAUUGAAGGAUAUGGCAUUGGUCUUCCCCCCAACUCUCCGCUCACCUCAAACAUCUCUGACCUGAUCAGCCAGUACAAAUCCCAUGGCUUCAUGGAUGUUCUGCAUGACAAGUGGUACAAGGUUGUUCCCUGUGGAAAACGAAGCUUCGCCGUCACGGAGACACUGCAGAUGGGGAUAAAGCAUUUCUCAGGGCUCUUUGUGAUGCUAUGCGUUGGCUUUGGUUUGUCCAUUCUCACCACUAUUGGGGAACACAUAGUGUACAGACUGGUCCUGCCACGAAUCAAGAAGAAAUCCAAGAUGAAGUACUGGCUCCAUACCAGUCAGAGAUUACAUCGUGCUCUGAACAGUUCAUUUAUUGAGGAAAAACAUCAGCCUAAGAAAAAACGAGUAGAAAAGAGGGCCCAUGUGGGGAAUAGCCAGCAAGCGGUGUGGAACACAGCCAGCCUGAGCAACUGCCACCGAAAAAAAUACAUCUGCACUGAUGAGGGGCAAAAUGAGGUGACAAUCCAUCAGCACCAGGACAUCUCCCUGCCACAGGGGAGGAGAGAGACUCCGCCUUCCUUAACCACCAACGGGAAAGCAGAGUCCCUCAACACUGCGAGGACCUCAGUGCUGCAAGAGCUGACAGAGCUGGAGAAGCAGAUCGAAAUCAUCAAGCAGGAGCUGCAACUUGCCAUGGACAGGAAAUCAGAGCUGGAAGAGUAUGCACAGACAAACAGAACUGCAGAGCCCUAGGCCAGCAUAUCUGUGCCCUUCCCCUUUUCUUCCUUUCUCCCCUUCCUGUGUAAAAUUUGUAACACACUUUUGUAAUGCCAGAAAGGGGUGCAAAAAUAAACCAGGCAAUAAGCUGUUCCGGAGAGCAGAAUUGCAGCAGCCCACAGCCACUGCCACCCUCUUGAGUUCCCCUCCUUUCACAGCAAGUUUCUUAUUCUCAUGGAAAACACCAGCCAUUCCCAAGGGACUGGAGAGACAAGGAGCAUCCCAAUGAGAGUUCCUCGUUUCUCCACUUGACAAUACAGUGAGGUUUCACUUUUUUAGCCCUUUCUGUGCAUUAAUUAAAAAAAAAAAAAGAUACAGAAAAAAAGGUUUAAACUGUUCACUGGCGUAUGUCCCUUUGUUGGUACAUUUUUUGUUGUGUUCUGUGUGGGUCUAGUCUCUGUUCAUGUGAAGGCUCCUCAUGGAUGCCUCUUUACGGCAGGUGCUGUUCUGUGUUGGUAGUCCCUUCCCUCCUGGCACAGGCUCACAAGACAAAUUCCUAAUGUCAAACCCACCACACACCAUUCCCUCAGCUCUGUCAGCACAAAUUGGAGGUGUGGCUGCUCCGAGCCUGUGGUGAAGGAACUCACCCAGCUUAAAAUAACUUGGCAAAAACCAAACCACCAGUUCUGUCUGCGUGUGAGCCUAGGCUGGGCUUCCGCUCCCUCCCAGGGAGAAGCUGUGCAAAUACUGCACUGACAGGUGAAGGGAUGGAUUCACAGUGGCACAGGAGAAGGAUGAGAAGGGAGAGGGGGCACUACUGUAAAUCAGUAUUUACCUCAAAAAGUGAAAUAUUUGCUAGCGUGAAACUACUCCCUUAAUAUUGUCUGUCUUACGAUGACAAUAAGGUCCUUUCUCAAAGAUGAGCUGACUAAAGGGGCUCUGGACCAUGAGUUAUUCAGAUAUCAAAGUCCCAUCAAUACCAAAAGCAGUCACCAAAACCACUCUGUGGAUGAAGAAUGAGAAUUGUGGUUUCUGAGGCAAUGUACUGAAUGGAGCUUACUCCCUUCUGGGUGAUGAGGGGAAGGAAGGGUAAGCUGUUCAGCAUCUGAAUAAACACUGCAUCAACCUAAC